CACAGGAGGCCAUGUUGUUGUAGUUCGUUGGGACUGGACCGUCGUAUCCCUCCGCUACUGUAUGUCUCUGCGAUAAUCACCCCCUCCCGUUUUUGACAUCAGGGACACGUAAAUAAACCGGAGGGCGCAAACGGUGACCCUCACAAUGAAUUUAAGCCUGGGUCUGUCGCGAAGAAACCCUCAGGAGGACUUUGAGCUGAUCCAGAGGAUCGGGAGCGGAACCUAUGGGGAUGUGUACAAGGCUCGUAAUGUCAACACUGGAGAACUGGCUGCUAUCAAAGUCAUCAAACUAGAGCCAGGAGAGGACUUUGAUGUGGUGCAGCAGGAGAUUAUUAUGAUGAAAGAUUGUAAACACUCAAACAUUGUUGCAUAUUUUGGCAGUUACCUCAGGAGAGAUAAAUUAUGGAUCAGCAUGGAAUACUGUGGUGGAGGCUCACUCCAGGAUAUUUACCAUGUUACCGGGCCGUUGUCAGAAUCCCAGAUUGCGUAUGUAUGUCGGGAGACCCUGCAGGGUGUUUACUAUCUCCAUAACAAAGGCAAGAUCCACAGAGAUAUAAAGGGCGCAAAUAUACUGUUGACAGACAAUGGCUACGUUAAGUUAGCUGAUUUUGGAGUUUCAGCUCAGAUAUCAGCCACUUUAGCAAAAAGAAAGUCCUUCAUUGGAACUCCAUAUUGGAUGGCACCUGAGGUAGCAGCAGUUGAGAGGAAAGGUGGUUACAAUCAGCUGUGUGAUAUUUGGGCCGUGGGCAUCACAGCAAUUGAGCUGGCCGAGUUGGAGCCGCCAAUGUUCGACUUGCACCCCAUGAGAGCACUCUUCCUAAUGACCAAGGGCAGUUUCCAACCACCUAAGCUGAAAGACAAAGUAAAAUGGACAAAUAAUUUCCAUCACUUUGUGAAAAUGGCUUUGAUCAAAAAUCCCAAGAAGAGACCAACAGCCGACAGAUUACUGCAAGACCCAUUCGUUACUCAACCGCUUAGCCGGACUCUUGCCAUUGAGCUACUGGACAAAGCCAACAACCCUGACCACAGCACACACAGUGAUGCAGAAGAGGAGGAUGACAUUGACCCAGAGUCUCCCGUGUCUGUUCCACAUCGAAUCCGCUCAACUAGCAGGAGCUCACGAGAUGGAAAAACUCUCUCUGAGAUCAACUUUGAUAAGGUGAAGUUCGACCCACCUCUGAGAAAAGAAACCGAACCGCAUCAUGAGAUGGAUCUACCAUUAGAGUCCCAAAGCAUUCUGGGAAAUAACAAGAGUCUAUUAAAAUCUGUUGCUGAGGAGCUCAGUCAAAGGGGUCAUGUGACACAUUUAGAGGAUGAGGAGGAGGAUGAAGGUGAUGAUUUGCACAGUGACUCCACUUCAACCAUGAGACCUAAAGUACCACCUCCUCUGCCACCCAAGCCAAAGCUUCUGUCUCCCGGUCAGAGCAGUACUGUCUCAGAGGAAAAUACCGGAGAAGGGACUAUUAAACGUUCCCCAGCUUCUGCAAGCUCCACCCCUCCUGUUCGGACGGUUUCCUGUGUUCCUCCCAGGCCGCCACCUCCACGCCUGCCUGCACACAGGCGUAGUAGUUUAGGUAACAAACCAUCUGAGCACGAUCAGACAGAGCCAGCAUUGGAUGAUGAGAUUUAUAGGUUCUGGGAAUGGCUUCAUGCUGAAAUACAAGAAGAACAAAGUAAUGUAGUUUCUGUCCAGGGGAAUGGAGAGAAAGAAAAACUGGCCUCCCUUCCCUCACCUAAUCUAGAGCUUCCAUUCAGUAAUGGCCUCCCACCGACCCCUAAAGUACUUAUGGGAGCUUGUUUCUCUAAAGUGUUUAACGGCUGUCCCCUAAAGAUUCACUGUGCCUGUUCCUGGAUAAACCCAAACACCAGGGAUCAGUAUCUGAUUUUUGGUGCAGAGGAAGGAAUUUAUACCCUCAAUCUAAAUGAAAUCCAUGAGAGCACGAUGGAACAGCUGGUUCCACGGAGGUGCACAUGGGUCUAUGUAAUGAACAACUGGCUGCUUUCAAUAUCAGGUAAAGCAUCUCAGCUCUACUCUUACAACCUGACGAUGCUUUUUGAGCAAGCUCGACAAAUGCAGAAGUUACCCGUAGCCAUACCAACAUACAAAUUCCCUGACAAAAUCAUCCCACGGAAGUUUGCUGUGUCCAAUAAAAUACCAGAUACGAGGGGUUGUCAAAAAUGUUGUGUGGUGCGAAACCCGUACACCGGUCAUAAGUACUUAUGUGGAGCGUUCCAGUCCAGCGUAGUGCUGUUUGAAUGGGUGGAAGCCAUGCAGCGCUUCAUGCUGAUAAAGAGCAUAGACCUCACCCUGCCGUGCCCGUUAGAAAUCUUUGAGAUGUUGGUGGUUCCUGAGCAGCAUUAUCCACUGGUUUGUGUGGCGGUCAGUAAAGGAAGCCAUCCUGAUCAGGUGGUCAUGUUUGGCUCUGUUGAUCCCAAUGCUGCCAACCCGGUGUUCACAGAGCCUGUAACACCUCAAACAUGUGUCAUUCAUGUGACUCAGCUGGAGAGAGAUACCGUCCUAGUGUGUCUAGAUCGGUGUAUAAAAUUGGUGAAUUUACAGGGCAGGUUAAAAUCCAACAGAAAGCUGUCAACUGAACUCACCUUUAACUUCCAGAUUGAGGCAAUAGUGUGUCUGCAGGACAGUGUUUUAGCGUUCUGGAAGCAUGGAAUGCAGGGAAGAAGCUUUAAAAACAGUGAGAUAACUCAGGAGAUCUCUGAUAACUCGCGAAUCUACAGGCUGCUGGGUGCGGACAGAGUGGUGGUGUUGGAAAGCAAACCGACUGAAGACCCUACAGCUCAAAGUAAUCUUUACAUCCUCGCGGGCCACGAGAACAGCUACUGACAACACACUGCCUUAACACACACUACAUAAUGCACGCUACAGAGUACAUGUUUCAGAGACUUACACCUCAUUUUCAUUUAUAGUGCUACUGAACAAAACACUACAGAAAAAAAACAUACUCUAAGACCGUUGAAAUUAAACACUACAGAUACGUUAUAAGACCAGAAUUUUUUGGUGUGGCAUGAUACCAGCCCUUGGUACCUCGUAUCGAUAUAAGAUCGAUACCUCAGUACAAGCAGAUGUAACGGCAAAUCAAUCAUUUGAAUUAAUUUAUAGUUAAUACAUGAUAUCUUUUGGUAUUGUACCAGUUUAAAGUUUUUCUUUUUUUUGCAAACUGUGUGAACUUACUAUAGAUUCAUUUCAGUACACAAAAACAGUGCAAACUAAACUCUUCAGAGACACCUUGAUACACAACCAUCAGUUCUGUGAGACUGAGAGAACUCAUUUGAAAACAACAGUCUAGUACAACAAUUAUCUAAAAGAGGACACAAAUAACAUGGCUUUUACAUCUGCCAUGAUUUGCAGGUGUUUUACCAUCUUGUUAGCUUUGUAGCUUUUAGUAUUGAAGUGACACUGCCCUGUAAACAGCUCUUCUCUUUUAAAAUACCAAUACAGUUCACCAAGAAUACUUAAGUCUAAUCAGAAUACAUAAGUCUAAUCACAGAAAUCUGUGUGUGGAAGUCUUUCACCCUAACGAGAAAUCCUAUUGAAAUGACUGGAUUUUUCUUAUGAAAAAUUGCUAAACAACUGUAAAUGUAACUACACUUUAAGGCAAUUCAGUAAGUUUUUAAGUAAAUUUAAUCUUAGGGCAGACGAUUCUAUUAAAUUAUAAAUUAUUAAUGUUAAUCGUCUUAGUGGACAUUCAUACAGAAUGCACUUUUUUGUGUCUAAAAAUGUGAAACAGGGCAGUGGAAUAAAAAAAAGAAAGAAAAAAACUUCUAGAGACACAUUUUUUAAAAGUUAAACUUCUUAAGAACCAUGUUUUUAGGACGGCAUGUAAUUUGCAAGAUGCUAAAGUCAGAGCAGUCUAGCACAUUUAUAUACAAAAACUAUGAAAAAGCAGCACAGAGAAAUACAAAACAUGUUUCUGUGAAGACGAAAAAAAAAAAAGCCUGCAGUGAAGCUAAAUAUUUUGCUUAUUAGUUGCUAAAUACAAAAAUCAUUUUGUUAUAUACACUAGGGGGCGCCAUGUUAUCUUGUCAUUAUUCCACCACUCAUGUUACUCAAACUGAGGUUAAGUACUGAAGGAUUUUUUGGUACCACAUCCAGUGGAUUAAGCAUUGAAUGAUGAAAUGAAUUAUUAACAGCCAAUAUACAUAUUUUCAUCAAAGUAUAAUCAUUCAUUAAUAAUGAUAAUUCAUAUUUAAUUAGUAAUAUCCUUAAUUCCUCAUUUCCAUUAUUAAUAAAAGUACUGUGUCUUUAUCAUGGUAUAGUGUUGGUAUAAGAUGGCAAUACCAUAUAUAUAUAUAUAUUCUGAAUGAUUACCUUAGUCACACACUAUGGUAUUUACACGGUACUCCAAACAAUAUCACGGUAUUACUGUAGUAAUGUCCAAGAAACCAUGAUAAUACCACAGUAAGACCAUUUGUGCUGCCCAAUACUGUCCGUGGUAGCACACGUACACCACCGAGAUGUCUAUUUGACAUCUGCAAGACAUAUUUUUUUAAGAGUGUUUGCUCAUCUGCAAUAUGUCUAUAGGACGUCCGACGUUUCCAAUCACAUGUCAAAUAGACGUUUAGAUUUUUUUUUAAGAUGUUUAUAAUUUAGAAUGUAUGUAAAACCGAUGUCUGAAAGACGUCUUUACGAUGUUUGUAUACCACAGAUGCUUUCCAGAUUAAGCAGUCACGAGCCACUUAAUGGGAAUGUAAUAAUUUUUAGAGUUUUUAUAUUUCAUGUUUUAGUUCAUUACCAAGCACUGUUAUUGAAGGUUUGCACAAUACGUUUGCUCACGUGUGCUUUUCUCCGCGUGCUGUGUGUGUGUUAAUGGGUGAGUUGAUGUCAAGAGUACAAGUAUAACAAACUAAGAAAUCCUAUUUAUCAGGCUCACUGAAAACAGAAUAGAGACAACAUAAUGUCUUAUGAAUGCAGUAUGUGUAAAAAUUGAAAUGGGAAGUCAGAAAAAGAGCUCUUUCUAGAAUGUAGCUGUCAGUGAAGAUUUCUCACAUUUCCAUCAUUUUGUAUGGCAUCAUAUCUGAAUACUGUUAUUUUUGUGUAAAAAUUGCAAAAUCAAGUUCUGUUAAGCUGAAUGCUCAAAUUUAGCAUGUCAAGUCUACCUCUAAAAUGCAUUAAAAUUUCUUACAUAGAUCAUGCGCCAUUAAAACCCUACUGCAAAUAGAGUAUCUCCCUAAUAGCAGUUUUAAACCCUGGUCUUGUCACAUUUUUGUCAAGACCUAAGAUAUACUGUGUUUGAGCCUAAUCUCCAUUUACUCUGUAUGUUUGAAAGAAUCACAAAUGUGUGUCAAACUACUCCAUGUUCACUACAGCAGCGUCUCUUGUGUGAUGUGAUGCACGUCUUGUAUAUAGUGUAAAUAAUGAGUUUUACAGACUGUAUAAAGCCAAUAUUUUGUUUCAAAUGUGGAACUCUUUUAUGAGAUUUAACACAUUAAACCAAGGUGAAAAAAUAUCAAAUCCA